GUAAGCAGGUUCGGUUGACGCCAAGCUCGGAGGAUGUUUCUGGAAGAAGCAGGGAAAUAAAAGAGUGCGCGCGGGCGCAGAGGGGGAAGUUCGUCGCGGAUUGAUAUUGAUAGGCGAGCUGCGGUUAUUUAGGAAGGACAAUCUAAAUUGGGGAAUAAAGGAUAAAAUGACUAGUUCUUCAGAGAAACCACAAGAGGGCAAUAGCUUUGAGAUUCGUUAUCUCAAAGGUGAUCUGUUCUCCUGCCCAGAGAAGGAUGCACUCGCACAUUGUAUCAGUGAAGAUUGUGAAAUGGAGGCGGGCAUAGCAGUCUUGUUCAAGAAGAAAUAUGGAUGCGUUGAUGAGCUGCGGAAUCAGAAAAAGAAGAUUGGGGAGGCAGCAGUGCUGCAGAAAGAUCAGCGAUACAUUUACUAUUUGAUCACUAAAAAGGUGGCAUCUGAUAAACCAAUUUAUGAUGAUCUCCAGAGCAGCCUCAAGGCCAUGAAGAACCACUGCCUGAGUAAUGGAGUCCUCCAAAUAUCAAUGCCCAAGAUCGGAUGUGGACUGGACAACCUGGAGUGGGACAAGGUUUCUGCAAUAAUUCAAGAGGUUUUUAAGAAUACAAAAAUCAUAAUCACUGUGUACUCUUUGUGAGAAUACCCAUUUAUUACUGUGUACAGUUCAAAAUAAAUAUUCCACAAUAUUAAUCUGAGUUGGCGGUGACAGAUGGAAAUGACUUGAUGACUUUUAAACUUCGGUUAAAUGUUUGAUUUCCAUGAAUUACUGAUGAAUAAAUGUUUGUUUAUUCACUCUG